AAUAGUAUUAAUGUUUUUAUUUACAUUUUCUGUUCUCUCUUGCAAUGGAGGAAUCUCCUUUUUUUGAAACUUCAUCGAAUGAUGAUUCAACAACAGAUCUUCUUACCAAUACAAAUGAGAAUCCGUACGAAUGUGAAAUAUGUGAUGAAGUAUUUACACAUGCAGAUUGUUUUAAAGCCCAUUCGCUUACACAUUUAAAUGGAAAAAUUCAUCAAUGUGAAGUCUGUGAUAAAGCGUUUUCUAGAAAAGAUGGUUUAAUGACCCAUCUACGUUUGCAUACGAAAGAAAAACCUUACGAAUGUGAAGUAUGUUCCCGAGCAUUUUCUGAGAAACAUAAUCUUAAACGGCAUAUGCGUGUUCAUACGAAAGAGAAACCUUAUGAAUGCCAAGUAUGUGAUAAGAAAUUCUCUCAUAGUGGCUCAUUAAAAUCGCAUCUGCUUAUUCAUACAAAGGAGAAACCCCAUGGGUGUGAAAUAUGUAAUAAAGCAUUUGCGCAUAAAUGUAGUUUACGAGCGCAUAUUCGUACACAUACUAAAGAGAAACCUUAUGUGUGUGAUAUAUGUAACAAGGCAUUUUCUCAUGGAAACCAUUUGAAAUCACAUAAGUGGACCCAUACGAAAGAAAAACCUUAUACUUGCAAAAUAUGUCAGAGAGGGUUUUCUCAAAUUAGUAAUUUAAAAUCGCAUUUAGUGACACAUACUAAUGAAAAACCUCACAUAUGCAAUGAGUGUGGUAAAGCAUUUUCUCAUACAAAACAUUUAAAAUCUCAUUUGGCUAUUCAUUCAGAAGACAAACCAUUUGGCUGUGAUGUAUGUGGCAAAACAUUUCCUUUGAAUGCAUCUUUAAAAAGACAUUUAUUGAGGCACACAAAAGAAAAACUUUUAAAAAAUUCAGCCAAUUAAUUAUAUUCAUGUAAUCUAAAGAGUUUUGACUUCUUUUUAAUCUGUUAUUUACUCAUGUUCCUUAUAACCAACUAAAUCAAAUAAUGUCUUUUAAAUAAUUGUCAGUAAAUUGCAAUUUGAUUAAAGAAUUUCACUUCGUUCAUGUUUUUGAAAAAAAAAAAAAAUGUUUUUACUUGAUAUAUAUAGAGAGAGAUUAAGGGCUAAAGACUAGUUAAUAUAGCAGGUGCCUAAAUGUUUAUAAUUUGAACUCAUCCUCAAUGUAAAGUCCCAUUUGUUAUUAAAACAAUCAAUGUAGCUUGAUAUAUAUAUAUAUAUAUUUCAUUCACUAAAUCAGCCUUAAGGAAAUGUUUACAUAUUCAUUUUUACAUAGAGUAUAAUCAGGGACUUUUCAUGCUUACUGCUUAUAAAGCAUUAUU